AGCCCGCUAACGUUAGCUAGGCUACGGGUUAAGAUUAAUGUUACACUUAGGAGUUAAAGGUGUUAAUGGUUAAAGGGUUAAUGUUAGGUGAAGGGUUUUCUAAAAAUAGUUCAGGUUAGGGUUAGCUAAGUAGUUGCAAAGUAGCUAAAAAGUAGUAAGUAGCUGAAAAGUCGCUAAUUAGCUAAAAUGCUAAAGUUGUCCUUAAUAAGAUUUGAACUCUCAACCUUUGGGUUGCUAGAUAUUUGUGUUUUACAACCACCCAUCUAACACAUCAUAAGAACACAACAGAAUAAUACGAAAUCCUCUGAGACCAAGUUGCGUGGGAGGGAGAUGCCAAAACCUGUAAGGCAGGCCUGUUACGUGACGAUCAACGUAAAAUAAGUCUCUGGUCGGGAAAUUCACGAAGGCUUCAAGAGGAAACAACUGAAAAACAUUCUCAUGAUUUGUGUACGGUGGAUAUUUAUGUGAUAGAGAGCACCGAGUCGAAAGACACAGAAUGAGUCAAUGGAAACAAAUUCAACAGCUCGAGUUCAAAUACCUGGAGCAGGUGGAUUACCUUUAUGAUGACAACUUCCCUAUGGGGAUUCGGCAGGUGCUUUCUGACUGGAUUGAAAGCCAGGACUGGGAUAUGGCCGCACACCAUGAGUCCAUGGCGACAGUUCUCCUCAGCAAUCUCCUGUCUCAGUUGGACAGGCAGUGUUCUCAGGAACAGAACUUCCUACAAAGACACAACCUGAAGAACAUCAACAAGCAGUUACAGAUGAAAUACAAAGCCUACCCUCUGCUCAUGGCCGGGGUCAUCUCCACUAGCCUCAGAGAGGAGCGUCGUAUCAUCGCCUCAGCCAACAUACCGGAACAGGGCCCGUUGGAGAAGUCUGUACAGAAUUCCGUGGCCUUCGAGAGACAGAAGAACAUGGACAACAGGGUGGUCGUGAUCAGGAGUAGUGUGCAGAUGCUGGACCCGGCAGUGAAAUGUCUAGAGGACAUGCAAGAUGACUUUGACUUACGCUUCAAAACUAUCCAGUCUCGAGAUCAGGCGGACAGGAACACAGAGUGGAUGGAACCGGAAGUGGCCCGACUGCAGGAGAUUCUCAACAACCUGGACUUUAGGAGGAAGGAGAUCCUGUCUAAAAUGAGUGACGUGAUAAAAGAGAUUGACGCUCUGAUAGCCUCCCAGCUGAACCCAGAGCUGAUGGAGUGGAAACGCAGGCAGCAGAUCAACUGUAUAGGUGGCCCACUGCUCACUGGACUGGACCAGCUCCAGAACUGGUUUACUCUGACGGCCCAGAGUCUGUUCCAGAUGAAACGUCAGCUGGACAAACUGGGAGAACUUAUCCUGAAGGUGACCUAUACGAGCGACCCCAUCUCCUUGCAGAGACCGCAGCUGGAGGAGCAGGUCAAAUACCUCAUCGACCACCUCAUCAAAAGCUCAUUUGUGGUGGAGAAGCAGCCAUGGAUGCCAACCCACCCCCAGAAACCUCUCAUCAUCAAGACUGGGGUGCAGUUCACCACCAAAGUCAGAUUGUUGGUCAAACUCCCAGAGGUGGAUUAUCAACUGAAAGUGAAGACGAUAUUUGACAAGUACCUCCCCCCUGGCAGAGUACAUCGUCAGUUCUUCAUCCUGACUUCCACCACCAAAGUAAUGGACGUGGAGGAAUCAUCUAAUGGCUGUCUAUCUGUAGAGUUCAGACACUUGCUGAAAGAGAAGAAAUAUGUUAACGGUACAAAGGUGAACGAGGGUCCUCUCUCUGUGACGGAGGAGCUCCACUCCCUCAGCUUCGAGGCCCAGUUCAACAUACAGGGCAUUAACAUCGACCUGGAGACCUGCUCUUUUCCUCUGGUGGUCAUCUCUAAUGUUAGCCAGCUGACUGGAGGCUGGGCCUCCAUCAUGUGGUACAACAUGCUGACUGACGAACCCAGGAACCCAGACUUCUUUGCCAGUCCUCCGCGGGCCAGUUGGGGCCAGCUCUCUGAAGUGCUGAGUUGGCAGUUCUCGACUUUCACUGGGCGGGGCCUCAACAGGGAGCAGCUGUGCAUGCUGGGAGAGAAACUCAUGGGUCAGCAAGCCUCUCACAAUGAAUGUCAGGUAUCCUGGUCCAAAUUCUGCAAGGAGAAUAUUCCUGGGAAGCCUUUCAGUUUUUGGAUGUGGCUGGAUUUCAUCCUGGAGCUCAUCAAGAAGCACCUGCUUCCCAUCUGGAACGACAACUGCAUCAUGGGCUUUGUCAGUAAGGAGACAGAGAGGGCCUGUUUGAAGGACAAGGAGCCUGGGACAUUCCUGCUGCGCUUCAGUGAGAGCCACCUGGGUGGGAUCACUUUCACCUGGGUGAAGCAGUCCGACAGUGGAGAGGCUAAAUUAAUCUCGGUGGAGCCGUACACCAAAUCACGCCUCAGCGCUCUCCCGUUCGCCAACAUCAUCCGGGACUACAAGGUCAUCGCAGACGGAGAGGUCCCUGAGAACCCGCUCAAGUUCCUCUACCCCGGCAUCCCCAAAGACGAGUCCUUCAGACGACAUUACAACAGUCAGCAGAGCAAAGUCUUUCCAUAUAUAUCAUCUACAUGGAUCCCCAUCUCCACUUUGCAAUGAGUUCUCCGUACUCCGAGUAACACAAGAUGACCUGCAGAGUAUGCCAAGUAUACGACUUGUAUACCAAGUAUACGACUCUACGACUCGUGUUCCACUGAGGGUCACUGGAUGUGACAUUUUCUCUUACAUCUGAUCACAAUAUAUUGCUCUUCUAUCCAACUGCUAGUAUUGUCUUUGAGCCCAUUGUCAUGAAUACAAACGUAUAAUGUUGGAAGUGUAAAGUAGAUAUUACAUGCAGUGGUAUAUCACUUCUCAUAAAAUAUAUGUAUUUAAUUGUGUGUAUUCUGAAAUGUCUUGUAUUAUGUGGCACUAAUGUUAGCCUAUUGUUGGACUAUAUGUCUUAAACUUCUCUAUCACGAACCAAGGUUUGGACAAAGAAUAAAUGUUUAUUAUCCCAUUCUUUUUCAUUUGUUUAGCUACCAAUUUGAUAUUUUUGCACUAAGAGCCCAAGGCCUCUCGAGUAGAAAAAGGCUUAACUACAUAUGAUUUUCCCUAUUGUCUUUACUACUGAGUAGAAUAUACCUAUAGAUAGCCAUGAUCAACAAUCAGAGGAUGGAUAAAAUAUUGUACUGGACAAAGCAAUAUUUUUUUCAUCAGCUUUUCUCUCCUUGAAUAUGUGGAAUAGUAAUUUGUUUUUAUUAAUUGACUAAUGACUGCUUAUCAGAUUAACCCAGGGUUAGAUUACACAUUUUACUGUCUAAAAUUCAACACGUAAACAACAAUUCCUAAGUAAGAUUUUUGUUUUUUGUCAUGCUCUUCAGAAGCGCAACGUUUCCUCAUAUGUUGAAAUAUUUCGUGAAUGAUUCAAAUGCAGAUGUGCCGAUUCAUAUGUCAAUACCCGAUUCUCAUUUUCUCUUGGCAUUUAUUUGAUCUGCUACAUUGUUGGCAUCAUGUGGCUACUGUACCUCCCUUCCUUCUAUUGUAGUAAAAUGGGAAAGCACCUUGGGCUGUCUAUUUAGGUUACUGUUUUGCCUUGAAGGAAGAGGUUGCUUCCUUAUUUCACUGAUCAGCUGCGCUACAGUAGUUUCUGUGAAGUGUAAACACUAAUUUACAGGCUUUAUUCGCAAAAUAGUGUAGCAUGAUGUGUUGUAGGCCUACUUUGGGUUUACGGCUUCUUCCAAUGGUUUUUAUUUAAUUUUUUAUUUUACCUUUAUUUUACUAGGCAGGUCAGUUAAGAACAAAUUCUUAUUUUCAAUUACGGCCUAGGAACAGUGGGUUAACUGCCUGUUCAGGGGCAGAACGACAGAUUUGUACCUUGUCAGCUCGGGGAUUCGAACUUGCAACCUUUCGAUUACUAGUCCAACACUAACCACUAGGCUACCCUGCCGCCCAGGGUAGCCUAGUGGCACAGGUAGUUUAUUCACAGCAAAAAAAUCUAAACUACCCUUCAUCUGUCAUUUAAACAGUAAAGUGUGAGAACCCGGGGGAUUAUCAUGAAUUACACACGACGAAAGCUGUUCUCAAACGCCUGGAUUAAACGGUUGCCAACAUACAGUACAUAAAUUUUUUUGACCUUGACAAUCAAACCCUUUUUUUUCUAUUUAGCCAGAGUCGGAUGAAUUCAUGGGUACCUUUUUGUAUGUCUGCGUGCAAUGCUGAAGGUCUUUUAUCAAGCCAAUGCUAACUAGCUAACGCCCAAUGAUUGAACGUCUACAGAAGCAGCUAGCGUACUAGAGUGAAUAGUUUGGGCAAAAGCCAGUAGUUCAGAGAUUCUGAAGUUGCCAGCCAAGCGGACUGGUGGUCCAUUUUAAGCAACAACAAAAAAAGGUUUAUAUGCAGGCUGGCCAACUAAAGCUAACACACAAUCACAUCAAGCAGCUGUGCAUUUUAAUUUGUUUUACCUUUUUCUAUUUCCAUUUCUUUGGAUUUAUCUCCAUGAAGCUGUCAGUCUUGUAUGGACACAUUAAUACAACUGGUGAGUCUAUUCCUGGAUGCUAUUAGGUUAAAACCACAUUCCAACAAUGUAUCUAUUUCACAACCCACUACUGUUGUGAAAUAACAUAACUAAUUUCUGCAUAGGUCGGAGAGGCAGGCUUGCAAGGUUCAGAGUUGGAGGAGUCAUUGUGGAUAUGACCCAAUUUAGCAUGGACAUUGCCAUUGAGGGCUUCCACCAUGUUAAAGUAGUCAACUGAGUUUCUUAUGGGUUGGGAGCGAUCAGCCAAUGAUCAGAGCAUUGUCUUCAAGUUGGGUUAACUAUGAUUUUUAAAUGUCUUUAAAAUACUGUAUAUCACCACAUUCUAGUGGCCACAAGUCAAUGACACAAUUUGGUUCAGGACUCAAGCACUGCAAGUGGCAUUAAAAUCACCAAUAUUAGCUGUAUGCUUUUUUUCAAACACAAAAUAAGAAAAUGUAAUACUUCAAAAUGGAGAUGGCCUCAAUGACACUGUGCGUGCUGUCACAGAUGCCAUAGUACAUUGUUCAUUCAAAUGGAAUUGUUAUUGUGAAUAACUCGCGGCUAUCAACCAACCAGCAUCCAAUAUCCAAAUGUACAGUUUUAUAAUGACUGUAGCCUAUAAUGGGACAAAGGACAUUCUGAUAUUGUAAUUGAUUGACUGUCUGCAUUGCACCAUAAUCUUGGCAUUAAUGUUUUUUAAUCAUUAUCUCUCUUCUCUCUAUGUUCGAUCUUGUAGGCCUCGUCCUAAUAUUUUAAAUAUUUCUUAACUCCAUUCUUUUACUUUUCGAUUUGUGUGUAUUGUUGUGAAUUGUUUGAUAUUACUGCACUGUUGGAGCUAGGAACACAAGCAUUUUGCUACACCCCAGGAACAUCUGCUAAAUGUAUGUAUGUGACCAAUAAAAUUUGACUUGAUGUUGA